AUGUCCUCUGCUCAUGAUGCCACCACCAAGAUCUCCAUUGACAAGUUCGACGGCGACAACUACGCGACAUGGAGCCGCUACAUGCGUGGCGUGUUCCUGACUAAGUCGGCGUGGCACGCUGUGAACCGGGAGACCUCGCCGACCUACGCGGACGAUCGCGCCAUGGACGACUACGUCAAGGCCAACAACAUCGCUUUCGGACUGACGUUGCUGCACAUGGACGCAGACUACCAUCACAUCGUCGAUGACUGUGAAGAGGCGUGGGUCGCGUGGGCGCUUUUAAAGAUGCUGUACGGCGGGUCGCAGAAGGCUGGACGCAUCUACUUGAAGCGCCAGCUGUUCAGCAUGGAGAUGGAGGAAGGCGGCAAUGUGUUGCAUCAUUGCAACGAAGUCCUCAACAUCAGCGCGAAGCUCAGCAGCAUCGGCGCCAAGAUGGAGGACGAGGACGUGGCGAUCUGCUUGUUGCGCAGUCUGCCCAAGAGUUUCGAGAACGUGAUUCUCAAGUUGAAGAUGAACAGCGCAGAGCUUCGAUCGCGGGACGUCGUGAAAGUGCUCACGAACGAGCAUGUCAAGCGGCAAGGUGACAAGACGACAUCGGUGAAGACUGAAGACGCGGCCAAGGCGUUCAGUGCCGAGCGUGAACCUCGCCAGUGUACAUACUGCGGAAAAUUGGGGCACACGGCGGAGCGGUGCUGGACCAAGCAGAAGGACGAAAAUCAAGGUGGAGCUCGACGCGGUGGCAACAAUGCUCGUGGACGCGGAGCCAACAACGUUCAGUGGCGAACCAACAGCAACUACGACGACAACUACGAUCGAGUUGCGAUCGCGGCGGUCGACACCGGCGCAACGCACCACAUCGGCAGCGACAAGGCCAAGUUUGCAAGCCUGAAUGAGCGAGAGGAAGGCGAACUAUCAGUGGCUGAUGGCAGCAAGGCUGCGAUCAAGGGUGUGGGAACCAUCAUGGAACGGGUGGUUCUGCCCAAUGGUGACGAACGCGACAUCGAGAUCAAGGACGCACUGUUCGUACCAAGUAUGAGCAAGAAUCUGCUUUCGGUGCCACAGAUCAACAAGGGUGGCAGGUUCCAAGUCGUGUUCGAUGGGUCCAAGAUGCAAGCGAAGCGCAAGAAUUCCACACAAGUCGUGGCAACAGCGGAUCUCGUCGAUGGACUUUACUGGCUGUGGACUCCUCAACGAUCGGCAAAUGCAGCAACACGCAAUGGGACUAUCGACUUGCAUGCGCGCAUGGAUCAUGCACCCCUCGAAGUUCUGCGCAAGAUGGUGGCCACUGGCAUGAUCAAGGACGCCAAGGCACCUCUCGACUCGACUGGUCCAAGUGUGUGUCGCGGUUGCCAGCAAGGAAAGGUGGUCCAAAAACCAUUCCCAACCAACCGUGACAAACACCAAUAUGGUGUGUUCGAGUUGCUGCACUUUGACACCUGCGGGCCAAUGGAACAAGUCUCGAUCGGCGGCAGCAGAUACUUACUGCUUGUGGUUGACGAAGCCAGCGGUUGCAUGAAAGGCUUCUGUCUGCGGUCCAAGUCUGAGAGUGAAGACUGUAUCAAGAACCACAUUAUCAAGAUUCAAACUCAGUUCGGCACGAAGAUCAAGUUUGUUCGGCACGAUGGAGCGCAUGAGUUUGCGACCAACUCCAUCAAGACCUUCUACGAAGAUCAUGGUAUCGAGCAACAACAGAUCACGGUGCCGUAUGCACACCAGACCAACGGCACCGCAGAACGCGCGAUAAGGACCAUCGUCACGAUCGGACGCAGCUUGUUGCAUCAUGCAAAGCUGGAGAAGUGUUUCUGGGCUGAAGCGGCAAUGACGGCGAUCUACAUCAAGAACCGCCUGCCUUCACCCAAGAUCGACCACAAGACUCCGGUCAAGAUCGUGUACAAGUCGAAACCAAGUGUCAAGCACAUGCGCGUGUUUGGAUGUCGGGCGUUUAUCCUGACACCAAGGGAGAAGCGAUUGAAGUGGGACCCGAAGGCUCGUGAAGGGAUGUUCAUGGGCUACGAAGAAGCGUCAAAAGCUUAUCGAGUGUACGACAUUGAGGCGGGCCAAGUGGUGAUCAGUCGUGACAUCACCUUCGACGAAUCGACUUUUGACUUUUCGAUAGACCGACCAAGUGACGAUGAUGAAGAUGCGGAGUUGGACCUCGACCUCCUAGCGAUCAACGAGGACAACGUGCGUCAAACCGUCUACAAGCAGACUGGCAAGCGCAAGAGUGAAGCAAGACCCGGCAUGUCACGUUCAGCUCGCCCUCGAACUGGGUUGGAACAAGCAAGUGCGCCGGAACACGUCUCCAACCGUCACCAGAAACGACGAUCAAGUGCUCCAGAAACGAUGUCUGAUGACGAAGAAGAUGCGAGCGUCUACGAUCGAGAUGACGACUCGACGCCUCCAACAUUUUGGCUUGCAAGUGCAAACGCAGUGGAAGCAACGGGCCUAGCAGAACCUGUGACUUUUCAAGACGCGAUCAAUGGUCCUGAUCAAGCUCAAUGGCGAAAUGCUGUGAAGGCGGAACUCAAGUCGAUGCAUCUUCGUGGAGUUUUCCGUGCGACAAAACUGCCAAGAGGCCAAGGCGCGAUCGGCACCAAGUGGGUGUUCAAGAUCAAGCGCAAAGCGGAUGGAUCGGUCGAGAAAUACAAGGCGCGUCUCGUUGCUAAGGGCUUCAAGCAGAAGUACGGCAUCGACUACACAGAGACGUUCUCGCCCGUGGUCAAGUACGUGACACUGCGUAUGGUGAUCGCGAUCACCAAGUAUUUCGACUGGCCACUGGACCAACUCGAUGUGGUGACAACCUUUCUCUACGGAGUGAUGAAGGAGAAGGUGUACUGCGUGAUACCAGAAGGCGUCGAGAUAGAUGGCGACUUCGACUAUCUCGAGUUGGUGAAGGCGAUCUACGGUCUCAAGCAAGCUUCACGUGCGUGGAACGAGACUUUCGACGAGUUCGUAUGCUCUAUCGGUUUCGAAGCGUCGGCGUUCGACCCAUGUCUCUACAUCAAGGUUGUCGACGGUCACUGUGUGCUCGUGCUGGUCUACGUGGAUGACGUGUUGGUCACCGGCAGCUCGCUCGAGUUGAUUGCGCAGACGAAGGCCGACCUCAAGACGCGUUUCGAGGUGACCGAAAGUGGCAAGUGUACUUUUGUACUGGGCAUCGAACUGGUGGACGAAUCGGAUGGCAGCGUGGCGAUGUGCCAGCGACGGUAUGUCAACGACAUCCUCAAGCGCUUCGGCAUGGAUGAGUGCAAGGCCACAGCAAAUCCGGUCGACUUGAGCACUCGGCUUGUCGCAAGCAGCGAAGCGGCCAAGAUCGACGUUCCGUUUCGUGAAGCUGUGGGAGCUUUGAUGCACUUGACGACUGCGACGCGCCCGGACAUCGCGUAUGGUGUGGGGUACGUCUCGCGCUUCAUGGAGAAUCCGCAGCAAGAACAUUGGACGGCGGUGAAGCGCAUCUUUCGUUACUUGCAAGGGACCAAGUCGCACGGACUCCGCUUCCAGCCAAGCGACAAGAUCGACUUUCGUGGCUACUCGGACGCGGACUGGGCCGGCGACCACGCUGAUCGCAAGUCGACUUCGGGUUACACUUUCAUGCUGAUGGGUGCUCCUGAAGGCAAGUGGGUGCUUCGCCUGCUAUGCGAGAUUUUGGCGGCCGCAAACGAACCAGGACCGGACCUCGUCAUCCGUGAAGACAACCAGUCAUGCAUCAAGAUGACGAAGAAUCCGGUGAAUCAUGGUCGCGCCAAGCUCAUCGACAUCAAGUACCAUCACAUCCGUGAUGAGGUCAAGCGCGGUGAAGUGCAGCUCGAGUGUUGCGAAACUUCCGUGAUGAUGGCUGACAUCAUGACCAAGAGACUUUCGGGACCUCGUCACAAGGACUUGACGAUGGCUCUCGGCAUUCGUAUGAGUUCGGAUUGA